GAUAAUUUUUAUUUUGCUGACGAGAUUGAAACGAGAUCCGAAAAUAAAAACAGUCGAAGCAGGUUCUUCCUAUCGUAAAAGUCCCGGUCAAUGGUUUGUGUGUGCUUGCGUUAUAAUGAACGAAAGGGGGUGAAAAACAACUAACAUGGACACUCCACAACCACAUGGGUUUGUGGAGGAGAUCAAGUUUCACGAACUUCAGUGUCAUGAGGUUGUUGGAAAAGGUGCUUUUGGAGUUGUAAGUCGCGCUAAAUGGCGAGGGAAGGAAGUUGCUGUCAAAUUGAUUGAGACAGAGUCGGAGAGAAAGGCGUUUGCUACAGAGCUGAAACAGCUGUCACGAGUUGGUCACCCAAACAUUGUUAGGCUGUAUGGAGCAUGCAAGGAACCCCCAACAGUGUGCCUUGUUAUGGAAUAUGCAGAGGGUGGAUCUUUGUACAAUGUGUUGCAUGGAGCGGGUCCACAGCCCACGUACACAGCUGCCCAUGCAAUGAGCUGGGCUCUGCAGUGUGCAAAGGGGGUGGAAUAUCUUCAUGGAAUGAAACCAAAAGCUCUCAUACACAGGGAUUUAAAGCCCCCAAACCUGUUGUUGAUCAUGGGAGGGACAGUUCUAAAAAUCUGUGAUUUUGGAACAGCCUGUGACAUACAGACACACAUGACAAACAACAAAGGAAGUGCAGCCUGGAUGGCUCCUGAAGUCUUUGAAGGCAGUAAUUACAGUGAAAAGUGUGAUGUCUUCAGCUGGGGGAUCAUUUUCUGGGAAGUCAUUACCAGGAGGAAGCCAUUUGAUGAAAUAGGUGGCCCUGCCUUCAGGAUCAUGUGGGCUGUUCACAAUGGUACCAGACCACCCCUUAUAAGGAAUCUUCCCAAACCUCUCGAGAUUCUAAUGACCAGAUGUUGGCAUGGAAACCCAGCUGAGAGACCCGCUAUGGCUGAAGUCUGCAGAAUUAUGAUGUACAUGUUUCAGUUUUUCAGUGGAGCAGAAAAACCUCUGGAGUAUCCGCCCUGCAGUGAGUCCUCUGAUUCACCAGACUGGACAUUCAGCUCUCGUCGUAACAGUAUGGCCUUCAGUUCACCUCCCUCUACAUACAACACGUCUGCUCCUGCGUCAGAAUCUCGAUCUGACACCCUGAUCAACCCAGAUCCUUACUCUCAGGGAGACCCCCCUCCUAUCCCACCCAGAGGAAAUCCACCACCAGUGGUUGAGUAUCUAAAUGAUGUGAGUAGAGGUCAGAUGAGUGCGCCGGCUUCCUUAGCAGCGAGCCGAGAGAGUUUAGCCGAAGGUCAUGGAAGGGCUGGCACGCCUGUUGAACAGUAUAAGCGUUACUCUGCAGACCUGACUCGCCUCAGCGAGGGGGAUAUACUUACUCAAGGAAGUAAUGGAAGUGGCAGCAGUACAGGGUCUCACAAAGGACAUCGUAGAACGGGAUCACAUGGUACAUACAUAUUGUUCUCUGGUGGGAACCCCAUGCAUAACAUGCCAUUGACAGGGCGAACUCACAGGCGCGGAGGAUCAGAUGAGGUGACUCAGAUCAGACUAGGAAUGUCCAGCUCUCCCGUGUUUGUCAAUGUCAACCCUUCCCAUCAGCCCUUUGUUGGCUCCCCUAGCAACAACAUUCCCCACGUCAACACCUAUCCUGGAUCACUGCAUUCCCCUAACCAUGAAAACACAGUUCCCCAACGUUCCUUCUCCCACACUCCACCAGAGUCAGAGCGCAUUACCAACGUGGGGCCCCGACAUCAGUCCUGGACACCGGAGAUGGGCAUCCUUCCGCUCUUGCCUAGUAAUGACCGGCAGCCGUCAAAUGCUACAGCAAAUGACCUUCAACAGACCACAGGUACUGGUCUGUCCAACACAGAUGCUUUUGCAAUGAGUCUGGUUCUUCAGUCCUUGGAUCAUCAACUUCAGCCGUUGGCACCAUGCCCUACCAGUGUAGAAUCAAUGGAGAUAUUUCAGCAGCACUGCAAGUUGGCAGAAGAAUACUUGAAAGUGCAAACUGAACUGUCCCUGCUGGUGCAAAGGAAGAAUGAUUUGAUAAAAGAAUUUGAACAGGACGAACACAAUCAGAUGUGUAGUACUCGGUUGGCAGAAGAAUUCAAGCAACUACGCGAGGAAAACGAAAGCUUAACGAUGCUACACAAAAAUUUGAAUCAACAGGUGGAUCAAAUAAGAGUUGAACAACAGAAAAGGCGCUGAUAAAACUAAGAAAGUUAGUUCUCAACAAGUGUGUUGAAAAUUUGGGAGUGCUGGAAUUCGAAUUCAUCCGCAGAAAUCGUCUUAUGCUUGAUGACGUUGCAUGUUUUGUGACAGCGGAGCAGAUUUGCAAGUUUCCAUCUCUUUUGUUUGGUGUAUUGAAAUUUUUAUCGAUUGUUCGAUUCUUUGGUACUGUAAUGCAUUUACAGAUAAUUAAAUCUUAUUUCGAACGAAUCUAAUCCGUUGCUUUCUGUUGUAUGUAACGCCCUUUAUUUUUAUUUUUAUUUUUUGUGAUUUUUUUAAAAUUAGAGAUUUUAGAAAUCUUUCGUGUAAUGAAAUAACUGUAGUACAGAUCUAUGCACGACACAGGGCACGAUACAUGGUCAGUAUGUGAAUUGUGUUAUUAGUAGAAAUACGUCGCCUGUUGUACAAUUUGUUUAAGUAUAACACGCCUGGAGUACUGACGACACUAUUUUUUUUAAAUGUUACAACUAUACAUACAUUUUUAAAAAAAAAAUUGUAAACAUGUUGUUUUAACAUGCAAAAUACAAAAAUUGUCAUUGAAGAAAUUCAGUGUCAUAUAUGUGCAAUGAAAUGUAGUUAUGUUUAAUAAAUUUUUACGAUAUGAUAUUGUUGUGUAUCGUAUUUUGAGACAUUGAAAAUUAUGUAUUAACGUUGAAAUUUUAUGAUAAGUCUUAGAAUGAAUCUAGAAUCAUGUGAUAAAUGCAUUUAAAAAUU